ACAGACAAGACAACGCAAGGCACGUCAGGCGUCAGGAGGACCGCUCGCACGCUGUUUCCACUCCACUAGCUGCUGAGGCGACCGCAUCCUCCCCCAACAGGUGCUACGUACUCUGCUCACCUCCCUCACCGGACGGACGGCUGCAUCCUCUGCACGGAACAACACACAAGGUGCCCCGUCUCUCUACUACAGUAGGCAACAGACAUCACCUGAAGGCACCCUGACGACGGUUACCAUGGUCAAAGCAUUUGGACUCCUCCUUGGUGUCUGGGCCUGCCAGCUCAUGGUGUGUGUCGCCAUGGGAAACACCACAGAGGUGUCAAUGACUGUCCGGGGACAGGAUGCAGAUGUGUCUGUCUCCACACCACAGCCGAUGACCACAAAGGGAUUGGCAACAGUGCAUCUCACCACAUCGGAGGAGAGUAAAAAAGGCGCCACGGAGGACACGGGCCCCACGGAGGACUACUCAACGGAGUACUCCGAGCCGACGUAUGAAUAUGACACGGACGACGCCUUCUGCAGCACGGAGCGCGUGCGUCAGUUCCGCGCCUGGUUCAUGCCCGCUGUCUUCUCCAUCAUCUGUUUCGUGGCCAUCGUGGGCAACGCCCUGGUGAUCCUCACCUACAUCUACUUCAGUCGGCUGAAGACCAUGACGGACAUCUACCUGCUGAGCCUGGGCGUGGCCGACCUACUCUUCGCCAUCACCCUCCCGUUCUGGGCCACCAGCUUCACCCCGCCCUGGGUGCUGGGCUCCUUCGUCUGCAAGGCCACCUACACGGUGUACCGGAUCACCUUCCUGAGCGGCAUGUUCCUGCUGACCUGCAUCAGCGUGGACCGCUACUUCGCCAUCACCAAAGCCGUGUCCGCCCACCGCUGCCGCUCCAAGGCCAUCUACAUCAGCAAGGUGUCCAGCGUGGUGAUCUGGGCCCUGGCAGUGCUCUUCUCCAUCCCUGAGAUGGUCUUCACCGAAGUCAGCACAAACAACACCUGCGAGCUCUACUACAACCAGACGGACCAGCUGAAGGUGGGCCUGCAGGUGGCGCAGAUGAUCCUGGGCUUCGCCCUGCCGACCCUGGUCAUGGUCUUCUGCUACUCCAGCAUCGUGAAGACCCUGACCUUGGCCAGGAGCUUCGAGAAGAACAAAGCCAUCAAGGUCAUCUUCGCAGUGGUCUCCGUCUUCCUGGUCAGCCAGAUCCCCUACAACGUGGUGCUCAUCCUAGACACGGUGUACAUCGCCAAGGGCGGCACGGACAACUGCACCUACGAGCGGGCCCGGUUUUACAUGAUGGACGUCACCAGGGCCCUGGCCUUCAUGCGCUGCUGCGUCAACCCGUUCCUGUACGCAUUCAUCGGGGUGAAGUUCCGCCACGACCUGCUCAAGCUCCUCAAGGACUUUGGCUGCAUGAGCCAGAGGCAAUUCUUCCGCCUCAGCUCCCUCUCUGGGAAGCGCUACUCCACCGCCGGGGGCGUCACGGAAACGGAGACCACCACCUCCUUCUCACCGUAGCCGUAGCUUCUUUGUGCACAUGGGAUUGCUGUGUUGAUUCUUCUCGCUGUUUGCUGAAAAAUCUAAACUAAAUCAUAACAACAUUGGUGUGACAUUGCCAAGAGUUUCAAGUUUUCAGAUUAGGGCCAUUACCAACAAUCAUAUAAUAGAGCCCCUACAUCAAGCCUUCGUUUGUGGCUGAUUCUUCUGUAUAGCCUCUUCUUCACCAUAAAGUAACUGCCGUCUGUCUCUAAAUAACUGCUGUCUGUAUAGAGAUCUCGAUCAACCUUUAUGGUCUGGCUUUGUGGUUGGAGAGUUGGUCUUGGGAAUCGCAGGGGGAUAAGUUUGAAUCCCAUAUCAGUUGGAAAGUUGUGAUCUAGAGACCACCACAUCCAUCUCACCUUAAAUAUCUUCUGUGUCCUUGUCAUCUCAAUAGCUGCGCUCUGAUUCUGAAGUUAUGGCCUUAUGCUGAUGGAGUUGAGCUUUUGGGAAUGGAAUAGGGUUGGCAGGUUCAAAUCCCUGUACAAAGAACAUGGGUGGGUCGCUAAGCGCCCUCAACCAUGGCGGACCCACACAUUGCUACGGUAACUCUCUGCCUUUCAAGACUCCUACAUACAUAUAAUGCAAUGCAAUGCAUUCUAUAUUUGUGGUUAGAUCAUGCACCAGCUUUACAGUGCAUCAUCCCAAAUCAUCAAUUUCUGACUACAUUUCACCAGACUACAAUUUUUGACGUCUAAGCUAUGCCCUUUGAGUAAAAAUGUGACAUGCGUCUCAAAGCCACCCCCUUGUGGCAGCAUAACUUAAAAAAGACGGUUAGGGUUAGGGAAAGGUCUAGGUUAAGGCCAUAGUCAACAUGCGACGUGACAGGUUUACCCUUGAUGUCAUUGCUGUCUGGUCUAAGGUAGUCAGAAAUUGAGUCGGGAUGCGACUGUUGGUGCCACAGCCAGAGGAGCAGCAUUUCUGGCCUGUGUGACCCCCUUUGCCAUAAAAGUGUCCUUUAGCAGGUGAGAGCCAAUGUAAAAUGGAUUGUAAAUGUUCUCUCUCACUGCCUGGUGGGGAACCGAUUGUAAAAGGCAUUGUAAAAGGUUAUUUCUCCCUGUCUGGCGGGAAAACAUAGCAGUCAUUACUAGGAACGACAGCUGUACAGCACGGUAGUGUUCAUAGGGAAGUACCUACCUAGUGUGUGUAUGUAUGUGUGUAUGUGUGUGUCUGUCUGUCUUAAUAGAAAAUAACAAAUGAAAGGGAAAAAGAGUCUUACAGCUCAUGUAUGGUUUACGAUGUCGCAUUUGAGUCUGUUGUUAUCAAUGUUUUCUGCACUUAUGUAUGAGUUAUAUCAUUUUUUUAACAUUAUUUUAAUGCUUAUCACUGUAUAUAGUGUAUACGUGUAUGACAACUAUAUUCUGUUUGUAACAUGUCGGCUUCUACUGCACAAUAUUACCACCACCCACAUCCCAGACAUGGGUCAAGCAAUCUCUGCAAUGUUGACGAUAUUCUUAUGUUUGUAUCCUGUUUUGCGUCUAUACACGUAAAGCCCUUUUUUAACAGGAUUGUUAUGACCCGCAGAUGGUUUUAUAUGUGUGUUUUAGAUAAUGCUCUUUUUCUCGUCAUUCAUUGUGUGUAUUGUAAUAUAUUAUGCAAAUGAUCUGUGGCUUUGGUAAUAUAGACGUUUGGAAAAAAUAAAGCUUUUGCCUUUGAA